GCCCGAGUUCGCAGGAAGGGGCCUGUGGUGGCUCCGCGCCCAGCAUGGGGGUGACCGUGGAGGCCCACAGAGUUUAUAAAUAUCCUUUCGAGCAGGUGGUGGCCAGCUAUCUCCGCAAGACAUUUCGCUUCUCAUCCAAGAAGCUUCUUCAGCUCUGACUGGAUAGUGGGGAAUGGAAGGAUUUAUAUUCCUUGCAGACAGCUGGUCAAGCUAACACAGUAGGCACUGAUGACUGGAGCAGAAAUUAAAACUAUCCCAGUCCCAUGGAGAAAAAUGUUAUUGCUGUAAAAACAGUAGAAGAGAAAACAGACUUGUCUACAGGAGUCAUAUAUCGGAGAAGAAUUGCAACAUGCCAAAAUGUAAUUCCACACAUUUUAAGAAAGAUCAGUAUCCUGAAAAUAUCAGAAGUCUACUUAGAAGAGGAGUCGUGGCUUAAUAUGCAAGAAAGAAUGAUGUCUAUGAAGAGUCACUGUCUUACGUGGACAGAGUAUGCUACCCUAAAUGAAGAAUCAGUCUUCAGAGAAAGCUCUGAAAAUCCGAAUUGCUUUGAAAAUGAUAACUACCGAUGGAGAUUGGGGAAGAGGGAAAUAGCUGUCUGCAGUCUCUUUGGCUCACACAUGUACUCAAGGACAGAGUUUGUUCAGAAAGGAAAUAUAACAGUAAAAGGGACUGGACUGCUGAAUUGCUUACUGGAAAUUUUUGCACAAUCAUUUUUAAAUCAAGGAGUCAAAAGGAGUAUUUCAAUCAUGGAGAGACUUCUACAAGACCAGUUUGGAGGGCCUGUUUUAUAAUGAAAAAUGAACUAAAGUCUCCAUAUAUCUAAGUUGAUACAUAGCACUACAUCCUUAUUUCCAACCUUACAUUUUACUGAAGUUAACCCUGUGGGUUGUUUUAAUGGAGAAGAAAAGAUUGUUAAAGAGAAGAGAAAGAUUUGCAGUCUCCCCUAAGUAACACAUAUGGAAUGACAUAAUUUGAACAAUAUGUGCUCCAGAACAAAAUAUUUAUUUUGAAAAAUGCAUUACCGUGUACUUGUUCUCUGAUUUCAAAAAUGUAAAUAUUUAUAAGAAACCAUCCAUUUGAAAAAUGACUCCCACAUCUUUGCUUCUAAGGAAAAGCUUACUAGCCAAAAGGAAUAAGCUUUUGAAUAUGAAUAAUUUUGUUUGACAGAAUAUAUUACAUGGAAACUGAGAGAAUUAAGAGAUGAUGUGAAUUUAUACUAUAUGAUCACAUAAAGACUAAGAAUUUAGUUAUUUUAAAAUAUUCAUUAUUCUUCUAUAAUACAAAAAUGGUAAACAUACACAAAUGCUAUUAAUAUAUUUUGGAUUACCAAUAUAACUCUGUAAACUGUGAACCAUUCCAAAACUUAGGGUUUUUAAAUAAUAUCUAUCUUAAUAUAGAAUGGCAAACUAUUUUUAUAUAGUAAAAGGUUUUCAAUGAUUGUGUUUAAUUACUUCACUUAAAGUACUGUGGGAUGAAAUGGAAGUUUAACUUGAGGAGUCCUAUUAUAACUGCACAUAUGAGCCAGCAAUGUGCAGCAGCAGCCAAAAAAGCUAAUACAAUCCUGGGUUGUAUAAAUAGAGAAAUAGAAUCAAGAUCAUACGAAGUAUUAGUACUGCUUUAUAAAACCCUAGUGAGGCCAC